CAUAUUUCAUGUCGUUAUUAACUCAGUAAAUGAAUACCAAGCCAAUUGUGAUUGUGUUACUUAUUUUAUUUUUCAAACGAUUUUCAUGGUUACUUUUGGAGUCCGAUUCGUUACGAACAUAAAUCACCUGGUUGCUAGUACGAUCGAGAUUCACAUGAUGUAUUUCGAUUUCUAUUCUAUUACGUCACCGAUGCUGAACUCCCUAUGUGUAAUUGAACUCGCCCACAUAUUUGCAUUGUGGGAUAGCGAUGGCGGUAAAUACAGUGUCCACAAAACGAUGAUUUCGUUACGAACAUGAUUCGUCGUUAACUGAUGCAGAAAAAUUCAUCAAGGAAGUUUGUGGGGGUGAAUACCUUCUCCAAUUUAUGCUGCGGAAAGGAGACAGAUUAUAUUGGCCCCCUGUGGAUGAAUUCUCUUGGGAGCCAUAUGAUAACAUACAUCGACUUUUGCCAAUACCUGUUUUGUCCAAUUAAGCAGUCUUCCUCUGGAAGACAAUUAUUUUAAUUUUGAAACAUUCACACUCGCUCAUGCUAUUCAAAAUUCAUAUUGAUGUUGCAUUGAAAUAAAUGUUUUCCUUAGCGCUGAAAAAAUUGUGUCUGUGUUACUUCCAUAAGAUGAUAGUUUUGCGAUGAAUGUAUCCUAAGAAUCGUACUGCUAACUCAAAGUAACAGAGUCAUAGCAGUAAAGAUGUCUUCUUAUGAAGGAAAAGAUUGUGACUGUUUCUCUAAUGAUGUCUGUCAUAAUUUUAUGGAAUAAAUCAAAGCCGAAAAUUAUGGAAGUAACGGCGUCUUAAAUUCUUCAAUCUGACUGCAAGGUCUGUAAUAAUAAAUUUUGAAAAAAAAGUUUUUAAUCACCUCUUCAGAAGAUAUCUUAAAGGUUGAAUUACAGAUUUACAAUAAAAAUACAGUUAUUACUGCAGUAUGUAUUUUCAUUCAGACACCAUGUUACUUCCAUAAUUUUGUUAGUCAUCUAUAUUCAAACUCAUUUCAAAUUAAAUCCGUGCCAUGGAUUAUCUUUUACUUGGUAUUUUUAUAAACUAGAAGAUGUAGACUACUCAAAACCAUAAACCAAAUAAGAAAUAAAUUAAUUUGAAAUUUAUUGGUGAAAGUAACACUUUGCAUCCCAGCUCCAGAAACUUACUUAAUUGCUUUAUGUAAAAAUAUCAGUUUUUGACCUCUGAUACCAUUUUGCUUAAUAAAUUGUUUUGCGUCAUUAAUUGUCACGUCCAGGAAUUAGAACUCGUGUAUUAAAACGUUCCAUUUCGUUCCGUGUGAGAAAUAUAUAUUGCAUCGUGGAGAAGUAAUAAAAUUCAAAUGCUUCUUUGACGACUACCAAUCAUGCGGCCUACAUCAUAAAUCAAAAUUAUAUACUAGUAUAUGUAACAUGAUACACAAUCCCAGAUUUAAAAAACUCUGUCCUGAUUUCACAAUGCAGUGUACCCCAGUACCCUAGAUUAAAAUACCCAUUCAAAUAUUGUCAAAAAUGCAAAAAAUGUUAAAUGUACAAUUUUCAGGAUUCAUGAGACUUAUUAUGGAAUUUGCAUUCAAAUCACCCAAAUGUUCUGAGAGUUUAUUCCUCAAGUGAUCGUAUUUUGUACAAAAUAAUAAGAAGUGUUUCUCAUCCUCAACUUCAUUCAAGCAGAAUUUGCAAAGUUCAAAUUAGGUCGUGGAAUGAGAGGUUUACAGUAUCUCCCAACCAAGUAUGAAAGCAGCACUGUGCAAUGUGUACCGGAGUGAACGAAAAUAUAAAGACUAGACAAAGUGCAACCACCACACAUGUACAUCAAAUAGUUGUUAUUUUUAGACACACAUUGGUCUCCAUAGAUGAUCAUCGUUAUCUGAGGUUGGAGCAUUUAGAAGAAAAAAAAAUAGUGCAAAAGAAAUACAAAUCGAUUAGAUAAAAGACGUUAAAUUAUAGCAUUCUCAAUCCUCAACCAGUGAUUAAUUCAUUUAAACUUUGGCUGAGAUAGGAAAAGGAACCUAAAAAUCUCAUCUUUUAUAACUUCCUGUCUGCGCAAUAAUAUAUAAAGUGGCCUCACGCACACGACAUUUCGUUUUCCUGGUUGUUAGUCGUCGAGAAGGGUGUAUCCGAGACUGUAUUUUCUUUUAAAAUGAGUUGGGACGGAUGGCUACCUUAUAUGCAGACUGAUGGCUCAAACACGUGUUCUCACGAAUGUGGAAUUUUCGACACACAAGGCAACGCUUGGGCAAAAACAUCGUGCUGUAGUCCAUCAACUACCAACUUUGCAGACCUAAAUAAACUAUUUGCAAAAGGAAUGGACUGCGGCGUCACUAGCAUAACUAUAAACAACAAAAAAUACUUUGUUUUACGAGCAGACCAAGAGGAAAAAACCAUUGAAGGAAAAUGUGGUCCUGGUGGAUUUUGUGCAGCAAAGGGUGAAACUUUCGUCUGUGUAGGAUUUUACAAUGAUGCGUCCGUACAACCAGGAAACAACAAGAAACAGGUGGAAAAAUGCAGAGGAGAACUGGCCAAGGCUCUGGGCCAGUGAGUGACUCCAUCACCAAGGCUGUUCAUUCUGAGUUCUAUAUUGACAUUUCAGUGGACUUAUACAUCUAACUGUUCACCUACUAGUCAAUGCCUUGCCAAAACAAUUACAUUCAUGGAAAAGAUGUGAGCUUGUCAUUUAAGAUACUCAUCACAGAUUCUGGGAGGGGAAAUUUUGUUUUCUGCAUUUGUCAGUGAAAAUUUGUGAAUUUAUUUUUUUUCUUUAAAAAACUUUUUAAUUUUUUUUUUCAUUUGUAAGAGAUUUGUAGAAAUUUUUAAUUUUUUUUUUUAAAAAUUUGAUACAAGAGGGAAAUUAAAUUUUGAUACAAGAGGAAAAGGGCUUUUGUAUACGGGUAGUUCAUUGUAUUUUUGAGAUUCCAGAAAUUUAGUUUUUCUACCAAAGUUCACUGUCUUGCCUAUAGUCAUAUACAAUAAAUUAUCCUUUAUAAACACAAGCAACUUAUACCAUUUAUGUUCAGGUUUGACUCUAGCAUUCCCGAUUGAAUAAUGCUAUUGAAUAUUGGGGAAUUGAGAUCUUCCAGACUGUUUAAAGUAUUAGAGAGUCCAUGUAGAUUCUUAAAGAACCAAUGAUUCAUUAGUUUAACCAAUGUUUGUUUAACAUUGGUAUGGUAGUCAUUCCAUAUAUUUAUAUUUUCUCUUGGACAAUAAAUAUCCUGUCUUUUUAA